AUGCUGUUACCGAUUGGCCGGCGCUCGCUUGGGCGAACGUCGGUUAUUUCAACAAAAUGUACGGCGCUACAGCAGGGCACGCUCCGAAGAGCGCAGUCGAGCUUUGGUGCAGGGAGGAGACUGUCGCCGCUACCUCAGCAGCAGGGCAUUCGUAUUGGGGAGGCAAGAGGUGAAGUGGACGUGGGAGAUGCUCGAAGCACAGGAGGGAAUGUCAAGCCCGUGAAAGGACCCGAGAGUGGGCGUACGGCAUUUGCAGGUCUGCGAGAAGAUGCGAUGCGGUCGAAGGCGUCAUCUGGACAAGGCGAGAGGCGAAGGGCUUCGGCGUCCCAAGAUUCCUCGUCUUUCACCCGACUGCGGAGUGGGAACGACCAAGGAAGACGGGCAGCAGAGAUCGGUUCCAUCCCUGCUGAGACCAGACCGAGGGAGCCAGGAGCCUUCGCAAGGCUGCGAGGCGAGGCACAGCAGCCCAAGGAAGGACACCCCAUUUCGCAACCCAGAUCCUCGAAUCGUUGGUCUCCUCCUGCCUCUCAAGAUCCAUCAUUCUCGUCUACGCUUAAAAGCGACACUCCAGCAGAUGCAUCAACAUCGUGGAACGAGCAGCGGCAACAGCAACAACCCUCACCGAGACGAGCGAAAGACUGGACAGCACUCCGUUCGAUCAUUGAGAAGGGCCAACAGGAAGAAGAGGCCGUCAGGGUAGCGCAACAACAGCGAAUGAACCAAGGAAAGGGGCGAGAGGAGAACAAAGAGCGUGUUCAAGAGGCAACACAACUGGUCAAAGGCCUGAGCAGGACGUCCGAGGAGAAAUCUCCUCCUAUCGAACAGCUCUAUUCGGCGCCCGUCGACGGCAAUUUCGCUCUAGUCGAUAACAAGCAUGCCACCCUCUCGGAAUGGUCGCAUUUCGUCGACGCCAAGCAGCCAGAGCGAGAGCUCCUUGCCCGGCGUUAUAGCUUGAAGACGCCCCAAUUGGCCAACCAAUUCGCCAUGCUCUUUCACACGACCGAGAUUCUCACAAGAGCCGACUUUCCGUCCUUCGUGGGCAUCUUCGAUCAAGGCGGGGCUUAUGCGGUCCAGGUCGAGCUGGGUGGUUCUAAAACCGUCACCACUGCAUCAAUCUUCUUCGCCAAGCAAUGCGAUGGCCUCUACAACCACGUUGACCGGCGGCAUCAGAACGAAAAUCAGGAGGUAUACAAGGAAGCCAUGGCAAACGAUGUCGCUGGCCAGAGUGCUGAGAGAGAACACAACAUCAAGCCUGCCAACGCCUCGAAUGCGCUUUUUGCCCCGGCAAGUUCUCCUUCCAAGGUGACCCCCUCUUCAAAGCUGAAUGCGGCAGACUUCGAGGACCUCCUUUUGCGGCCCGAUGACAGCUCGCGUGAGGCAGAUGUCGACGACAAGGUGGGCCGCGUCUUGGAUGGUUCUGCCGUCCAGUCGGGUUCUCCCGAUGCGGACCAUGCCCGUAUCGACGACGUCGUACCCGUCGCCAUUGAUGGCGAUCAGGUCGAGCUACACGGAGAGGGUCAAGGUGGAACGGAAAUGGCCAAGUUGAGGCACGAGGCCAACCUUGACGAUGCUACGGUCGAUGGAAGGGUCGGCUCGGUCCUCCAAGGAACAGCGGCCGUGUCCAAUUCGAGUGUCGAGGACGAGGCGCGAAUUGAUGAUGUAGUGCCGGUUGCCGUCGAGGGCCAGCAGGUUACGAACGACGCGGCAGGACAGGGCGUUGGAGCAGCGGCGGAGCAGAGGCAGCAUCCGGAGGCUGGAUCCUCGUCUCCGGAAGACAAAAUUGGAUCAGUCCUUGAUGGGACAUCGGCCCAGUCUGGUUCGCCCGAUGAGGACAAGGCUAGAAUCGAUGAUGUGGUGCCCGUUGAGGUGGACGGUACGCAGGUUCCCCAAAAGUCAGAGGGGUCAGGCGCACACGAAAUGGCCGAAGCGAGGGAGAAGGGAUUCCAGUCAACAUGA